AUCCUUGUACUCCAAAGAUGAGCGAGAGAGAAACCCAACAAUAUCCAAUAUUCACAAAGCGCUUGUUGAGCGUCCGUUCAAUUCGAAAUGUUAUGCUUUUUCAAAGCCCACCAAUUGAAGAGGACGUAGACUCUAGUAGUUGCCUGCAUGAACUGUUGGAAACCUUUCAAAUGGUGGAGCUGGGUGCUGGACCACUCCAUGUGGUGGCCCGCGAAUUACAAAAUCGCUCCCCUCCCUCAUGAUCUCAUGAUCGAUUCGCCCUCAAAUUUCUCUGAAAUUUAAAACAGAAAUGUUAAGCAUUCAACUACACUACACGAAUAAUCAAAGGAAAAUAGAGAGAAACACAGUGGAAAUGAAGGAUGACGAUGCGUUGCCGGUAUCUACGCCGACGGCACAUUCAUCGGUGAUCCCAACAUCCACACUUCCGAGAAAGGAAAGUUCUAAUUCCCUAUUCGGAAGAGGUCGCUACAAGUUUUGGGCCUUGGCAGCGAUCCUAUUGCUCGCCUUCUGGUCAAUGCUUACCGGUACAGUUACUCUGCGGUGGUCUGCCGGCAAUCUCAAUGGCCUCUCCGACGAUUUCGAUACUCAUCUCCCUGAAGAUCUCGAUGUUUUCGAAUUGGAGGAGAGGGAGAAAUUGGUGAAGCGACUGUGGGAUGUAUAUACAAAUACUCAUCGGAUAGGAUUGACUACGUUUUGGCAGGAGGCCUUUGAGGCUGCCUAUGAGGAGUUAUCGAGUGAUGUUCCUGAAGUUCUAGAAGCUGCUAUCUCUGAGAUUGCUAAAAUGUCAGUUCGUUCCAUUGAUAUCGAGUCACCAUCUCUCCAAUCAUCGGUUCAUUGAUGUGGAUUGCUAGCUGGAUAGGUUUAUGGAUUGCUGACGUGCGAGCUAAACGAAAAAGAAGUUGCCCUGAAUAGUACCUGAUGUGGGGGACAGGACGACAGGUGCACCUCGGAGUUGAGAUUUUUUCUGCAUGUGUAGACACACUCAAAAUAUUGUCGUGUUCAUCUUGAUGAGACAAAACUGUUGGUCUAUGACUCUAUACAACUGAUGCAUUAACAUCUAGGCAAUCAGCAUGCGACAAUUUGGACAUUGAAGAGAAAUUCAGCUGAGAUUGAAAGCUUAGAAAGUUGAAGAAGUAUAUCGGAAUGAGAGAAUACCAAGACCAAAAAUAGAAGAUUGAUAAGCUUCCAACUUAAUCAGCAGGAGCAAAACAGCAAAGAGUUUGGAGAUAGCCAGAAACAAUUAAACGAAUAAUAAUAGAUUCAGAAUUGGGUGGUGCGGGUAAGACUGAAGACUCUAUUAGGUCAGAAUAAGUAAGAGAAAAUAGAAAGUUCAAGAAUAUGUGGCAUCAACGUCUCCAUUCUUAGUGUAUUUGUAGAUAUAAUGCUGCCUAUUUAUAUGGUUCUUAAUGACACUGAUUUUGUAAUAAAAGUUGCCUUAUUUAUCUUUAUACAAAUUAAGUAGUUCUCUAA